AUGAAAUCUGGCAGCAACGUUCCGGACUUCAGCGCUUCCCGGGAAAAAAUUUAUCUGGGCUUCCUGACGUUCGAUCUCAAUGAAUUGUUCAAAUGGAGUGUGAAGCAGCUAUUCUUGUAUCUGACGGCCGAAUACCAGACGGAACAGAACGAGCUCAAUCAGGUGCUCCUGUGGAACAAAAUCAUCCUGCGAGGCAAAAACGCUUUGCUGGACUUCAAGAACAUGAUCACCGAGAACUACUUCUGGGACGAUGGCAAUGGUUUGAAGUUAGGGCAACAGAACGUGAUGAAGACCCUUUCCGGGAACAUCGUUCCAAAUGCAGGACUGAUUCCGAAUGUAUUUGCUCAUGGACAUCAUUGGUUCAAGUUCUCGGAAACCUUCAUGCUGCUCUAAAGAACUACAAAAAUUAUUUCAAAAAAGCUACAAGAACUUAUCGGUGAUUAUAAAAAAGCUCAAAGAAAAACGAAUCGAUACUAAAAUAAGCCACCAAAGGAUUCGUUUUCCGCCGAACUGCAGCUGACGA